AUGCCGUCACUUACAUUUCUUGAUCUCCCAGGAGAGAUUCGUAAUCAAAUCUACCAUAUACUCCUCGUCAUCCAACCCAUCUCAAUUCCCCGUCCUUUCUUAACCGACCCACCUAUAUAUCCACAAAUAUUAUCCGUAUGCCGAAAAAUCCACGAUGAAGCCGAACAAAUCCUUUACGGCUGCAAUGUUUUUAUAGCCGACGCCAAUCUCCUAACAGGCCUGCCGCGCCUCCGUUGGCAUUAUGAUCCGAUCAGCUCGCCGAGAGUGAUCUCGAUUAUCAAAAAAUACUACAUCGUUGUGCGGUUGAAUCGCGAUCCGAAUUUCUCUGCGGGAAAGGCAAAGGAUGCCUUUAGUGGGAUGGAAGAAUUAACAAUCAAGGUUGAGCAAUCUGCAUACAAAGGCUCGGACUCGGAUUACAGGGCGUUGAGGCUCUUUGAGAAUGUCAGAGGCGUGAAGGAAACAAACGUUUCUGGGAGUGUGACUGGCUUCCCUGUGUAUGUUGAAUGGUUGGAGGAUGUGAUGAAGAUGCCAGAAGAUGCUCAUAUUCUUCCGUUUGAGGGUAGAAAGAUGGAAUCAUUGAACUUCUCUGCACUGGGAAUUUAA